AUGCGCCCAUUAAUCAGACCCAGCACCUCGAUUGUGCCCCAAAAUGUCCGCCUGUUUUCGGCAACAGCGUCAGUGGGCGGCAACUGGCUAGAGCCCAAUAUAAAUCGCAAGACGAAGAUGAUGAAGGGACGAGCUAGGGUCGCAACCGGUGGCUCUGUCAAGGGAACAACGGUGAUGUGGGGAGACUACGGACUACGAAUGAUUGAUCAUCAUCGAAGGAUCAGCGCUCAAAAUCUCAAGAUUGCGGAGGAUACUAUCAAGCAGCGACUACGUGGUCAGAAGUACCGACUAUAUAAGAGAGUGUGCUGCAACAUUGGCGUGUUCGUUAGCGGCAACGAGAUACGUAUGGGUAAAGGAAAGGGUUCAUUUGAUCACUGGGCGGCAAGAGUGGCAGUGAAUCAGAUCGUCUUAGAAUUAAGAGGUAUGGUUCACGAGCAAGUUGUGCGCGACGCCUUUCGGUUAGCCGGUAACAAGCUACCUGGGCAAUGGGAAUUUGUGAAGAAGGGUGAACCGCCAGUGGUUGGUAUUACCAAGCUGGACGGAAUUACAUUGGAGGAUUUAAAGAGACCAAGACGAAAGGUCCCAGCCAAAUCGAUAGAACCCGCACCACCUACGCCAGGCUCAGAAGGACCACGGACACCCCUAGAUCUCCCCUAA